AUGCUAACAUACCUUUAUAGUUUAAACAGUUGGCAAUCAUUUGGUUUAAUCUUGUUGCUAACAGUCAUUAGUUUGGUUUCGUAUUUUGCUUUCAGAUUGUACAAGCAAUACAGCAAGGUAUCGAACAUUCCAGGAGUUUUCCAAUUAUUGGAACUUUCUCCAUUCAGAAUUCCUCUUCUUUCUCCCUACUAUUACUUUGGUUCAGUCAAGGAAAUUGAAAAUGUAGUCGAUUCUUAUUCGAAUGAUGAAACUAAAACUGCUCGAAUCGUUACAAAGGAUGCUCCAAUAGUUUUAAUCAGUGAUCCGAAACUAUUCAAGGAAUUCUUCAUUCUAAAAGCAAAUUGCUAUGAAAAACCUGAUUUUAAAUUUAUUACCAUGUUUGGUGAAAAUAUUGUGAGUGCUGUGAAUAACGAAAGAUGGAAAAGACACUUUAAAGUUUGCAGUCCAGCAUUCUCACCUCAGAAUUUAAUCUAUGUUUGUCAAGUUGCUUGUCAAUCUGCAGAAUUAUUAUUCGAAAGAUGGAGCAAGGACGAAAGUGGUGUCAUGCUUUCGAAUGAUGACUUUUCAGAUAUUACUUUGGAUGUACUUGGUAAGGCAGGUUUCAAUCUCGAUUUUGGAAUAUUCUCCUCCAAUCAAGAAGGAAAAGCUUUCAAGACAAGUUUACAACAAACAUUCUCAAUGAAAGCUUUGGCAAUUCGUCGUCUAUUUGGAAAUGGAAAAUUACAAACAAUCAUGUCAAAGAUAGUUGGCAUUCAUGGACAUUUGGAAACCUGUAGCAAAUCUUUGGAUGAAAUGAUUCAAAGUAGAAAAAAAUUGUUGGAAGACAAACCAUUGAUUAAUGACAUGAAUGACAUUUUGACAUUAUUGGUGAAGGCAAACAUGACAGAAAAGCUAAUUACUGAUGAUGAGCUGAAGAGUAACAGUGUAAUAAUGAGUUUUGCAGGUCAUGAUACGACUUCCACACUUUUACAAUGGACAACCUUUGAAAUUUCCAAAAAUCCAACAAUUCAACAAGAGCUCUAUAAUGAAAUUUCCAAAACGAUUGGAAGAAGAGAUCCAACAAUUGAUGAUUUUCCAAAUCUUCAUUUGGUCAACUCUGUCCUUAUGGAAUCUUUCAGACUUCAUCCAGCAGUUCAAAUUCUAUCUCGUGUUGCAGUCAAGAAUACGACAUUGGGUAAUUUUUCAAUUCCUAAGGGAACUCAUGUAGCUACCCUAUUUGGAUACUUGAUGAAACGACCUGAUGUUUGGGAGAAACCAACCGAAUUCAUUGCUGAUCGAUUUGUGGAUCCACAAUUCAGAGAAUCGUCAUUCCACAACUUUACAUUUGUUCCAUUCAGUAUGGGAAAUCGUGCUUGUUUGGGAAAGAAGUUUUCUCUAUUGGAAUCUUGCAUGAUAUUGACCAAAAUGAUUCAGAGAUUCGAAUUUGAAUUGUUGAAUGAUUUGGAGAAGGAUCCAAUUGUUGCAAUCCAAAGUCCUGUCCAUAAACCUUCCCCUAAUUUAAAGGUUAGAAUCACAAGAAGAGUUACUCCUGAAAUAGUCAGUGCUGCUUGA